AUGGAGGCUGAAUCACAAAGCCAUGUAUCGGAAGAACUUCAAAAGGUUCUUCUCUCAACAGACCUUUCACUUUUGAGGUCUCCUGAGGCCCCAAAUCUUAUCAACGGUAGUUCACAAGAUAUAUCAGCAGUUGAUGUAAAUGAUGAUAUACUUGAGCUAGAUGAACACUCAUUUCGAAAGCUUGUCCCUCUUUUACGAUCAUCCAUUGAGAAUAAUUCGCUUAACACUGUUGUCGAGGACUUGGUUAACUCUGUGGAUGAUAAUUUUGAGAGUUUGGAAAGUCAAAUAAUGCAAGAUUCGCAAGUCAAUGACAACUUAACCACAUCAAUACAGGAAAUGGCGUCUAUCAAAAACAUAAUCGAUGGAUCAUUGAAGGAUGAGCUUAUGACUUUACAGGACCAGCUAGCUUCAUCGACUAAUGAUGUGAUACUGAAAAAGCAGUUUUUCAUUAAUAACAAGAAAACCACCACUAAGAUUUCAGAAUCGAUAAUUUUAAUCAACAAGAUACUUCAAAUUUUGGAGCUAUCAAACAAAUGUCAAGAGUUAAUCAAGGACGGAGAUUUUUUCAAAGCUUUGCAAAGCUUAGGCAGCUUGGAGAAAAUAUACCUUCAAGAUUUCAGGAAUUAUGAUUUCGAAUUCCUCAAGGAAAUCUAUUCUUCAAUUCCACUUUUAAAAUCCAAAAUAAAGGAUGAAAGUAUUAAUUUGAUCAAGAGCUCUUUUAACUCGAAGCUAGAGGAUACAUUACUAAUGGUAGGAAACAAAUACUUCGAUUUUUAUAAUGAGAUCUUGCUUCAAGAAUGGAUGAAUUCUAGAAAUGCCAUGAAGCUUGGAAAUUUCAAGUUCAACUCGCCCCUAGAGAUCUCUUUAAGAGAUCCUAAAAAGCUCGAAGAAUUGAGAUUAGACCACUUUUAUCAUUUGGACGAGUUCUACGACUCUAUUUUAAUCUUUCAAGAACUUAAAGAACUCAAUUAUUUGUGUGAAGAGUUUUCUAAAGAGUAUGAGUUCAGAAAAGCGAAGCUAGUUUCCCCAUUAGAGUUGAAGAGCAAUGUCUCAUCGAGUUUAACGAAAAAAACUAAAAGUUUGGAUGAUUUAUUUGGUUCAGGUUUCAACACGGAACAUUUAAAAAAGUACAUGUUGAGAAUCCUUGGAUUCCUCAUCUAUGAUAAGCACUUGAAUCGAUCCACGGACUAUAUCUUAUCUCAAAACUCCUAUACUACCACGGAUGAUUUCUGGACAGUUCUCAUGAAUAAACUCUCUCCUUAUCUAGAGGACUACAUUUCCGAACAUUUAAACAAUGAAGAAGAACUAAUAGGAUUUAAAAACUUUCUGGGAAUAUACAUUGCUAUUGUGGAAAACUUGAAACUCAACAUUGAAGUAAUUUAUAAAGCCCAUGUGUCAAUUUUUCAAAAGUAUUCAGCUUUAUUGGUUCGGCUAUUUGAUAGAGAGUUUUCGACACUUUUGAGCGAUGACGAUUUCAUGCCUUUAACUAUCAAUGACAAAAGUCUUUAUGAAAAGGUUCUCAAGAUCUGCUGGCUGAAAGAUGAUGAACUCCAAAAUGACGCAACUAUGGAAGAACAUGCGGAAAAUGAAUUUUACGCAACACUCCCCUUUUCACCUCUUUACCCUAUGACAUGCACACUUUCAAAGAAAACCUAUAAUAAAUUGGUCGCGUUUUUGAACAAUUUCUAUCGACACGAUUUGAAUCACCUCAAUUACUUGCUAGUCCGAACAAUGGAAGACAUUUUCAGUAAUAUUGUGAAUAAGAAGAUGAAAGAAAAACUGGAUACUACAUCAAGGGAAGAAAUAGCUCAAGUUUUGAUAAAUUUCGAUUAUUUUGUUAUUGCAGCAAGAGAAUUUAGUAAUAUCUUGACCAAGGAAAAUAUCACAGAGAAUCCGGAAGUGGACAUCAGACUGACAUCCAUACAAGAUUUGACAGACUCGCGAAAAUAUGCUGAAACAAAAUUAAUCGAAUUGAUAGAUUCUAAAGUGUCAGACCUAAUGGAAUUUGUAGAGUUCGAUUGGACGAGUACAGAACUGGAGCAAGAGCCGGACAUAUCAGUUAGAGAUAUUGCACAGUUUUUGGAGAUGAUGUUUACCUCGACCCUUGUCAAUCUACCGUAUAGCGUCAAAACGUUGCUAAUAUUUCGUGAGUUUGAUGCAUUGACGAGGAAAUUCCUGGAAGUUUUGUUGAAUAGCACACCUUCUGUUAUCAGCCGUCAAAGUGUACUUAACUUCGAAUUAAAUAUGGAGUUUUUGGAAAGUGUUAUUUCAAAAAUUUUCCCCAAUGAAUCCGAAACUACCAUUGGCAAUCUUGAUUCCCCAAUUCCUCAAUCUCCAGAACCAGAAAACCAGAGAUCUUCCAAUUUGAUUGAAAAUAACAUAAGAUCACUACAAUCAACUUUCACUGAUUUGAAACAACACAUUGAGUUUUUAAAGUCUCAGAAUAUGGAAGAAUACAAAGAUUCUAGUGUAAGAAUGAGGAAAUAUCCCAGAAUUAAGCCUGAAAAUGCACAGCUUUUGUAUAGAAAAGUUGCGCCGAGAACAGACGCAAGUAGCAGCGAACAAGAGAGAAUCACGCCUGAUAAUAGCUUUACAGAUUCCAUGACUUCUAAUAGAAGGAUUGCCAAAUUUUUUAAUAGAACGUGA